GCUUCAUCGGCGACGUCUCUGUUCAACAUGGAGUACAGAAGGAAGAAAAAUAGGCAGGACCACUCUAAAAACUUGAAUAAGCGCAAUUCCAUUUAGCUUAACUACCCGGGUAUACACCAUGGACUUUCGUUUGUAAACAGCGCACUUGCUUCCGGAACAUUUACGAACGUCGGACGACAUUUGGAGUGUCAGUCACUAUUUUUUUUUUUUUUUUUUAAACUGAAACCACGCGAACCGGCGUCAUGCAAAAGUCUCACUACUAUUAACAACACCCGUUCAACAGUAGGCAACUUAUCGCUCAGGAAAGCCGCACCAAAUCGGAAGUAAUUUUUGAAAACGACUACAUGUGGCCGUGACCCCCCCCCCCCCCCCCCCCCCCUUCGGUUAACUUUAGGUUAUUGGGUGAAAGGUGACACUGCCGUGGCUGUUUACUUGAGAAUGCACAAUGCAGCGAGUGUGUCAGCCUCUCUGGGCUCCAUGGGACUGCUGCGUCUCCUCGGGGUGUCCUGGCCCUGGAGUGUGGUGGCGGGACUUGGGGUCUACUUGGGCACCAGCAAAUGGAAAUACUUCUAUAUAGCGGCGCGGACGUUCAAAAGAGACUUCACAGGUCUAUGCGUUCUCCUAAGAGUCAAACUGGCCAUGUGGCACUACAUGCGCGACGACAGCAACGUCCUCACCAUGUUUGCUCAGACGGUAAAACGCAACCCCAACAAGGUCGCGCUGAUCUACGAGGCCACGGGCGAAGCGUGGACGUUCACCCAGCUGGACCAGAUUUCCAACGCGGUGGCCAACUGGGCCAGAAGUCAGGGUUGGAUCACCGGAGACGUGGUGGCCCUCUUCAUGGAGAGUCGCCCGUUGCAGGUGGCGCUCUGGCUGGGCUUUGCCAAAGUCGGCGUGGAAGCAGCGCUCAUCAACUUCAACCUCCGCGCGGAUUCGCUCAUUCACUGCAUCGGGGUGUCUCGCUCUCGGGCUAUUAUCUUUGGAGCUGAGCUUGCUGAUGCCAUUUCGGAAGUCAGCGCCUCCCUCAGUCAGUCCAUGAUGAGGUUUGUUACCGGAGACCUCGACACCAAUUACAAGAGCUAUCUGGGUGCCACGCCCUUGGAUCCAAUUUUAGCAUCCACGCCGAGGAAUUCCCCUUUACCUUGUAUUACGCACAAAGGCAUGAACGACUGUUUGUUUUACAUCUACACCUCUGGCACCACAGGACUACCCAAGGCUGCUAUUGUCGUGCACAGUAGGUACUACCGAAUCGCUGCUUUUGGCUACUACGCGUUUCGGAUGCGCCCAGAUGACAUCAUCUAUGACUGUCUUCCUCUCUAUCACUCAGCAGGUAACAUCAUGGGCGUCGGGCAAAGUCUGAUACAUGGCGUCACUGUUGUCGUCAAGAAGAAAUUCUCAGCGAGUCGCUUCUGGGAUGAUUGUAUCAAGUACAAUUGCACUGUUGUCCAGUACAUCGGCGAAAUCUGCCGCUACCUGCUGUCUCAACCGGUGCGACCGUCAGAAAAGGCCCACAAGGUUCGCCUGGCCGUCGGAAACGGUCUGCGUCCCAGCGUGUGGGAAGCUUUCACCGAGCGUUUCGGUGUGCCGCGAAUCGGAGAGUUCUACGGAGCGACCGAGUGCAACUGUAGCAUAGCCAAUUUGGACGGCAAGGUGGGGGCCUGUGGAUUUAACAGUCGCAUUCUACCCAAUAUUUACCCCAUCCGUCUGGUCAAAGUGCACGAGGACACCAUGGAGCUGGUCCGGGAUAGCCGAGGCCUCUGUGUGCCCUGUCAACCCGGUGAGCCGGGUCUCUUGGUGGGCCGCAUCAACCAAAAGGAUCCCCUGAGGCGAUUUGAUGGCUAUGUUAACCACGAAGCUACUAACAAGAAAAUAGCUCAAAAUGUCUUCAAGAAGAAUGACACAGCCUAUUUGUCAGGUGAUGUCUUGGUGAUGGAUGACUUAGGCUACAUGUAUUUCCGAGACCGCAGCGGCGACACUUUCCGCUGGCGGGGAGAGAACGUGUCCACCACAGAAGUGGAGGGCAUACUGAGCAACAUCUUAAACCAGACCGACGUGGCUGUGUACGGCGUGACUGUGCCAGGUGUUGAAGGGAAGGCAGGCAUGGCCGCAAUCGCCGACGCCAACGGCACUUUCGACUGCAAUGCCUUCCUCCAGAAAGUCCAGACCGCUUUACCGCCAUACGCUCGUCCGGUAUUCCUACGUUUAUCACCGACCGUCGAUACUACAGGUACCUUCAAAAUCCAGAAAACCAGGCUGCAGAGGGAAGGUUACGAUCCACGCUUUACAAGCGACCGGAUCUACUUCCUCAACGUGAAAGUGGGCCGCUACGUGGCCAUCAACGAUGAGCUCUUCGCGGCUAUAAUGGAGGCCCGAGUUCAUUUAUGAUGCGAAGUCUGGAAUUUUAACCCUUCAGGGAACAGAGCUGACAAGACUACUCACCAAGGCAGCAUUGUUACAGGUGACUUUUUUGUUUUUUUAACACUUAGGAGUAAUAUGCCGCGUAAUGUGCUGGGCAUUUUUUUUUUUUUACCUCCGCCACCUCACAGAGCCUUCGCUGUACAUACUUGAGUGGUCAUUCUGAAUUUAGGAGCACAAUACAGUGGCUAAGUCACCUUUGUCAGAGGGAACUAGACGUUAUUCUCAUAGUGUUACGCGACGCCAUGAAGGGAGUUGCGAGGUCAAAGACUAAUGUUUGUUAUGCCGUGGAUAGGGAAUAAAAAGUUUUCAUGUUCUCAUGUUUGUUCUUUAAAAAAAGUUUCAUGUCCGCACGUCUCAAAAGCCACCAUUGUUAAUGUGCCUUAUGUCAGGAAAAAAAAAUUGAGUUUUAUGCAAAAAUUGUUUUGAAAUGCACAUACAUCAGUGAAAUGAUCAGGAAGUAGUGAAAAAAAUAAUAUAUACACCUUCCAAUGACAGCUUUUGUGUGAACUCCAAAUUAAAGUUUGAAUCUAAAACAA